AUGAAAAAGCUAAAAUGUGACGAGAGCAAAAAAAAAAAUGAACGCAAAAAUGGUGACAACAACAACAACAACAACAACAACAACAACAACAACAACAACAACAACAACAACAACAACAACAACAACAACAACAACAACAACAACAACAACAACAACAACAACAACAACAACAACAACAACAACAACAACAACAACAACAACAACAACAACAACAACAACAACAACAACAACAACAACAACAACAACAACAACAACAACAACAACAACAACAACAACAACAACAACAACAACAACAACAACAACAACAACAACAACAACAACAACAACAACAACAACAACAACAACAACAACAACAACAACAACAACAACAACAACAACAACAACAACAACAACAACAACAACAACAACAACAACAACAACAACAACAACAACAACAACAACAACAACAACAACAACAACAACAACAACAACAACAACAACAACAACAACAACAACAACAACAACAACAACAACAACAACAACAACAACAACAACAACAACAACAACAACAACAACAACAACAACAACAACAACAACAACAACAACAACAACAACAACAACAACAACAACAACAACAACAACAACAACAACAACAACAACAACAACAACAACAACAACAACAACAACAACAACAACAACAACAACAACAACAACAACAACAACAACAACAACAACAACAACAACAACAACAACAACAACAACAACAACAACAACAACAACAAUAUAUAUAAAUAA